AUGAGCGAGGUAUUGGCAGCCAUGGACGUGGUGAAAUCGUACACGUGGGAGGAGAGCUUUCAGAGCAAGGUGGCGCGGGUCCGAGCGGACGAGAUGGGGCAAAUCUCCAAGGCGCAAUACAUCAUGGCGAUCAACUUCCUGCUGAUGAGUGUGGUGCCGGUGCUGGUGACGGUGGUGUCGUUCGGCUGCUACUCGCUGCUGGGCCACCAGCUCACAGCCGCCAAGGCCUUCACCUCCAUAUCCCUCUUCGCUGUGUUGCGCUUCCCCCUCUACAUGUUCCCCAACCUCAUCACCCAGGUGGUGAACGUGAAUGUGUCUCUCACGCGCCUGCAGGAGAUGCUACUGGCAGACGAAACAGACAUCGACGCCCCUGCGCCGCCCAUCGACCCCACAAAGCCUGCAGUCGAGGACGUGGGGGGCACACUAACGGAUGUGACUCUAUCAGUGGAGCCUGGCAAGCUGGUAGCUGUUGUGGGCGCCACAGGGCAAGGCAAGUCGUCGCUGGUGAGUGCGCUGCUGGGUGAGAUGCCCAUGGUGUCAGGGGACUCUCCUCCAAUCAUCAGAGGCCGCGUGGCCUAUGUCUCGCAGGUCUCCUGGAUCUUCAACGCCACAGUGCGCGAGAACAUUCUGUUCGGGCUGCCCUACGACCAGGAGCGGUACGAGCGGGCAGUGAGGGUGAGCGCCCUGGAGAGAGACCUGGAGCUGCUGCCAGGGGGCGACCUGACGGAGAUAGGCGAGAGGGGCGUGAACGUGAGUGGCGGGCAGAAGCAGCGCAUCAGCAUCGCCCGGGCGGUCUACUCGGAUGCCGAUGUUUACUUCUUUGAUGAUCCUCUCUCUGCCCUCGACGCCCACGUCGCCAAGCAGGGCCCACACCGCUCAAAUCCUCUACCUCCUCCCCGCUCUCCUGCCCCCUCAGCGGUGGACUGGGUGGUGAUGGUGGAGGGGGGGCGCAUAGCAGAGCAGGGGCCGUAUGUGCAGCUGAAGGCGUCGGCACCCAAGUUCCAGCGGCUGCUGGAGAAGGCAGGCGCACUGGAGGAGCAUGGGGACACGGAGGUGGGGGGGCAGGGCGGAGAACCAGCCGGUGGGAGUGAGACAAGCGCUGAAGCGGCAGCUGCUGCUGCUACAGCCAGCAGCAGCGGCGGUGGUGGUUCUGCUGCUGCUGCAGAGAAUGGCACAAGCGCCACCAGCAGCAGCAGUGAGGGCAGGGGAAAGGGCGGAGCAGGGAAGGGGGAGAAAGGUGGAGCGGCGGGGGGAGGAACGACCCUGGUCCAAACAGAGGAGAAGGCGCAGGGGGUGGUGAGCGCAGCGGUGGUGUGGCGGUAUGUGAGGGCCAUGGGGGGGUCUGGCGUGCUGGCUGUGCUCAUCUCGCUCUACGUGCUCGUGGAGGCAGCCAGGGUGCUCUCAAGUGUAUGGAUCAGCAUUUGGACGGGUGAAAGUGGUGGCAGUGGUGGGCAUGGAUCGCUGUAUUUCGUGGCAGGGUAUUCACUCAUCUCGCUGGGCCAAGUGCUGCUCACCUUCGCCAAUCAAUACUUCCUCGUGUUCUCCUCCCAGAGAGCGGCCCGUCGUCUGCACGAUGCCAUGCUGGCGGCCAUUCUCCGCGCCCCCAUGUCCUUCUUCCACACUAACCCCGUGGGUCGUCUUAUUAACCGCUUUACUAAAGAUACAGCCGACAUCGAUAAAAACCUUGCGCAGUACACGUCGCUGUGCCUGGGCGGCAUAUUCCAGCUGCUCUCCACCUUCGCCCUCAUCGGCGUUCUCAACACCGUCGCCCUCUGGGCCAUCGUGCCACUGCUGCUGCUCUUCUACAUCGUCUACCUCUAUUUUCAAAACACCGCACGGGAAGUCAAGCGCUGGGACUCGGUCACACGCUCCCCAGUCUACUCUCAGUUCGCGGAGGCACUGAACGGGCUGGCGACCAUAAGGGCGUACAGGGCAGCGGCGCGCAUGGCGGGGAUGAACGGGCGGGCGGUGGACCGCAACACACGCUUCACCCUCGUCAGCAUGAGCGCCAACCGCUGGCUCGCCAUCCGCCUCGAGUUUCUCGGGGGCCUCAUGAUCUUCGCCACGGCGGUAUUCGCAGUGAUGGACGUGCAGAGGGCGGGCGACCAGGCAGCACUGGCGCCAGUCAUGGGGCUUAUUCUGUCGUAUGCGCUGCAGAUCACAGCCAUGAUGACCAUGGUGCUGCGCCUGCUCUCCGUUGCUGAGAACUCAUUCAACGCGGUGGAGCGGGUUGGUAGUUACGCCGAUAUCCCCCCCGAAGCGCCAUCCAUCAUUCCAAGCCACCGCCCGCCGCCCGGAUGGCCGCAGAAGGGGGAGGUGUUAUUUGAGGACGUGGUGAUGCGGUACCGGCCGGACCUGCCGCCCGUGCUCAGGGGGCUCUCUGCGCUGGUGCAAGGGGGAGAGAAAGUUGGCGUGGUGGGGAGGACUGGCGCAGGCAAGUCGUCGCUGUUCAACUCGCUUUUCCGAUUGGCUGAGAUUGAGAGCGGGCGCAUCUGCAUCGACGGUCAGGAUCUGAAGCUGUUUGGAGUGACGGACGUGCGCCGUGCGCUCAUGAUCAUCCCCCAGACGCCCGUACUCUUCACCGGCACGCUGCGGUUCAACCUGGAUCCGUUCAGCGAGCGCAGCGACGGUGAGGUGUGGGAGGCGCUGGGGAGGGCGCACCUGAGGGAGGUGGUAUCUCGCAUGCCGCUGGGGCUGGACACGGAGGUGAGUACAAGGGAAGGGCGUAUGGGGCUGAGAGAGAAAUGGAGAUGUUAUCUGGAGGAGGAGUUGCCUGAGGGAGGUGGUAUCCCCCAUGCCCCUCAGGCUGGACACAGAGGUGGCAGAGGGAGGGGAAAAUUUCAGUGUGGGGCAGCGGCAGCUCAUCAGCCCGGCUCGGGCGCUGUUAGCGGAGCUGAUCAGUCAGCCCAUUUCGCUGCUGCCCGUCCGCCACUCCCCUCCAUGCAGGUGGCAGAGGGCGGGGAGAACUUCAGCGUGGGGCAGCGGCAGCUGAUCAGCCUGGCGCGGGCGCUGCUGAAGGAGUCGCGCAUUCUGGUGCUGGAUGAAGCGACGGCAGCCGUUGAUGUGGGCACGGAUGCGCUGAUCCAACGGACGGUGCGCGAGGAGUUCAAGGGGCGGACCAUGCUCACCAUCGCCCACCGCCUCAACACCAUCAUGGAUAGCGACCGGAUCCUCGUCAUGGACGCUGGCAUGGUGAGUGGGUGGGUGGGGUUUGUGGCUUGGGAAUUAGACUGCCAAGUACCUGCCAUACCUCCACCUCACCGUUUCUGCCAGCUCCCUCCCUCCAUUCCCUCCCUCCAUUCCCUCCCUCCAUUCCCUCCCUCCAUUCCCUCCCUCCAUUCCCUCCCUCCAUUCCCUCCCUCCAUUCCCUCCCUCCAUUCCCUCCCUCCAUUCCCUCCCUCCAUUCCCUCCCUCCAUUCCCUCCCUCCAUUCCCUCCCUCCAUUCCCUCCCUCCAUUCCCUCCCUCCAUUCCCUCCCUCCAUUCCCUCCCUCCAUUCCCUCCCUCCAUUCCCUCCCUCCAUUCCCUCCCUCCAUUCCCUCCCUCCAUUCCCUCCCUCCAUUCCCUCCCUCCAUUCCCUCCCUCCAUUCCCUCCCUCCAUUCCCUCCCUCCAUUCCCUCCCUCCAUUCCCUCCCUCCAUUCCCUCCCUCCAUUCCUCCCUCCAUUCCCUCCCUCCAUUCCCUCCCUCCAUUCCCUCCCUCCAUUCCCUCCCUCCAUUCCCUCCCUCCAUUCCCUCCCUCCAUUCCCUCCCUCCAUUCCCUCCCUCCAUUCCCUCCCUCCAUUCCCUCCCUCCAUUCCCUCCCUCCAUUCCCUCCCUCCAUUCCCUCCCUCCAUUCCCCCCUCCAUUCCCCCCUCCAUUCCCUCCCUCCAUUCCCUCCCUCCAUUCCCUCCCUCCAUUCCCUCCCUCCAUUCCCUCCCUCCAUUCCCUCCCUCCAUUCCCUCCCUCCAUUCCCUCCCUCCAUUCCCCCCUCCAUUCCCUCCCUCCAUUCCCUCCCUCCAUUCCCUCCCUCCAUUCCCUCCCUCCAUUCCCUCCCUCCAUUCCCUCCCUCCAUUCCCUCCCUCCAUUUCCCUCCCUCCAUUCCCUCCCUCCAUUCCCUCCCUCCAUUCCCUCCCUCCAUUCCCUCCCUCCAUUCCCUCCCUCCAUUCCCUCCCUCCAUCCCUCCCUCCAUUCCCUCCCUCCAUUCCCUCCCUCCAUUCCCUCCCUCCAUUCCCUCCAUUCCCUCCCUCCAUUCCCUCCCUCCAUUCCCUCCCUCCAUUCCCUCCCUCCAUUCCCUCCCUCCAUUCCCUCCCUCCAUUCCCUCCCUCCAUUCCCUCCCUCCAUUCCCUCCCUCCAUUCCCUCCCUCCAUUCCCUCCCUCCAUUCCCUCCCUCCAUUCCCUCCCUCCAUUCCCUCCCUCCCCUCCAUUCCCUCCCUCCCCUCCAUUCCCUCCCUCCAUUCCCUCCCUCCCCUCCAUUCCCUCCCUCCAUUCCCUCCCUCCCCUCCAUUCCCUCCCUCCAUUCCCUCCCUCCCCUCCAUUCCCUCCCCCCAUUCCAUUCCCUCCCUCCAUUCCCUCCCUCCCCUCCAUUCCCUCCCUCCAUUCCCUCCCUCCAUUCCCUCCCUCCAUUCUAUCCCUCCAUUCCCUCCUCCAAGCCCUAGAGUACGACACGACUGUUGAGACCACGGGGCCUCAGACCGCCAAGUAUCUGCUCUCGUUCUUCUCCUCACCCCCUCUGCUCAUUCAUUCCGUCCCCCAGGCCCUGGAGUACGACACGCCAGCCAACCUGGUGUUGAACGAAGGGAGUGUGUUUGCAGCAAUGGUGCGCAGCACGGGGCCUCAGACCGCCAAGUAUCUGCGCAGUGUGGCGCUGGGGGAGGUGACGCUAGCAGACGAGCUUGCCGGCCGGGCGGCGGCGCAGGAGAAGCAGAUGGAGCGCGAGGCGGCUAAGUGGCGGUGGGCCACUGCCGCCCAGUGGGCUCUCGCUCUCACGCUCACAUCCUCCCAGAGGGAUCUGCAGGCCAUGUGCAACGACAGUGAGGGGGAGGAGGGAGAGAGCAACGCACUUGUGGCUGUCACACAAGCAACGACCUUUCAGAGAGGCGUGCUAGAAGAGACAAGGGAUGCCGCCCAGGUGCUGCAGGCGGUGCUGUCCGGGCAGCGCAGCGAGGAGAUCUCGUCAGCGCUGACGAGGCGACAGCUGUCGGAAGACAAGUGGUGGUCGGCUGUCAACCGCGUGGUGCAGG